AUGGACGAGCGAAAGCUACCGUUGGCAGAUUAUCAACGAUUUGGAAGGCAAAUGAUCCUUGAUGGCUUCGGUUUGGGCGCCCAGCUCAAACUCAGGGACUCAAAGAUUGUCGUAGUAGGAGCUGGAGGGCUUGGAUGUCCUGCUCUACAGCAUCUUGCGACCGUAGGAGUUGGAACUCUCGGUGUCGUGGAUCAUGACAGGGUAGAACUUUCGAAUCUACACCGGCAAAUUCUGCAUACAGAGGCAAGAAUUGGCAAAUAUAAAGCCGAAUCAGCGGCCAUGGCCAUCCAGGAGCUCAACUCUUCAACAGUGGUCAAUGUAUACACUACGAUGCUGACGAGUCAGAAUGCCAAAGACAUAUUGUCGCAAUAUGAUAUUAUUCUCGACUGCACAGACAACGCCCCUACGCGUUAUCUCCUUUCCGACGUGUCGGUCACUCUCGGAAAACCGCUCGUUAGUGGUGCAGCUAUGAAGUACGAAGGUCAAGUCUGCACAUACAACCUUGGCCCGAACGGGCCAUGCUACAGGUGUAUCUUUCCAAAGCCACCUUCUCCAGACUUGGUCGGCACAUGCGAAGAGUCGGGUGUACUUGGAGUCGUGACUGGAAUCAUUGGAUCUCUUCAGGCACUCGAAGCCAUCAAGCUCGCCAUUGGUCAACACGAGGGAAAACCAUCACUUCUAUUGUUCUCGGCAAUGGGCUUGCCACCGUUCCGCAGCGUCAAGCUACGGGCGAAACGGCCUCAGUGUCCGGCAUGUGGCACAGAGGCAUCUUCUGCCAAGAUUAAAGAAACUGAUUAUGUUGCUUUUUGUGGAGGUCUUCCGACUGACUGGGAGGCAAAGGGACUUGUGUCUGAUGGGACCCAGUCACGUAUGAGACCCUCUGAACUUCGCGACGCACUUGCGAUGCCUGAAGCUGCUUGGAAGAUCCUCGAUGUACGGUCCCCAGCAGAAUUCAGUAUAUGUCACCUCGCCAACUCUCAAAACGUGCCACUAUCACAGUUGCUGCAUGACCCCUAG